CAAAAUGAAGAGUGUUACCACGCAAAAUAUCGAAUCACUGAGCCACGAGGCAAGCAUCGCCAAAACGUCUGUGCAUAGAUGGAAAACAUUACAACACCGCAGGGCAGCAAAAUGUGCCGAAAACCAUAAAUUUGCCAACAUCGGAGAGUCCAUCGAUAUUAUGCAAAAGGGAGCAUUGGUCAUAAAAUUGCGAAGUUCAUCCAAGAAAUAUCCACGAAAGUUCUUCCUUGAUCAACAAUCUUUAAACAUCCGUUGGACACCUUCCAAAAAGGGAGACCGUGCGAAAAUUCCACUGGCGUCUGUGAGGGAAGUUCGCGAAGGUUUCACAACGGAUGCCUUCACUCAGUGCCCAGAGGUUUACUCAGAAAAUAGCUGCUUUUCUAUUAUCCAUGGGGAUGAGUUUUCCACGCUUGACUUAGUUUUUCAAACUCAAGAAGAAUUUUUGCAUUGGACUGUGGGCCUUCGUUACUUGUUGGCUAAGAGAUCAGCUGAAGAUGAACCACUGCGGCGGCAGACCUCCCGAGACCAAUGGUUAAAAGAGGUUUUUCUCUCAGCGGACAAAAGUGGAGAUGGUCUCUUAAGCGUUGAUGAAGUCUUUUCUUUGAUGCACAAACUCAAUGUUAAAAUAUCAAAUAGGAAAUUACGAGAGACAUUUAAGGCAGCAGACACUGAUGAUCAAGAUUCUGAUGGUUUACUGGAUUUCAAUGAGUUUAUUAACUUUUAUAAGAGCAUAUCGACCAGGAGGGAGCUCUACCUUCUGUUAUUAAAAUAUGGGAAUAGUAAGGAGCACAUGACGGUAGCUGAACUAAAAGUUUUUUUAGAGAAAGAACAGCAGAUGAAAGAUGUGACAGGAGAGGACUGCUGCAAAAUCAUUCAAACCUACGAACCUGUGCUGGAAAACAGAAGUGUAGGCAUUCUUGGAAUUGAUGGUUUCACAAGCUAUCUUUUAGGUCCAGAAGGUGAUAUAUUUAAUCCAGAACACUCCAGAGUCAACCAAGAUAUGACCAGACCUCUGUCUCAUUACUUCAUUGCUUCUUCACACAACACCUACCUCCUCGGAGAUCAGCUGACAUCUAAUUCAAGUAUGGAUAUAUACGUAAAGGUCCUGCAGUCGGGUUGUCGGUGUAUCGAAAUUGACUGCUGGGAUGGAAAGGAUGGUGAACCUGUGGUAUAUCAUGGUUACACGAUGACGUCCAAAGUGAAAUUUCGUUACAUCAUACUUAAUAUCAACGACUUUGCCUUUCUUAAUAACAAAUAUCCAGUUAUUCUUUCGUUGGAGAAUCACUGCAGUGUUAGCCAACAAAAAGUUAUGGCGAGUCUUAUGCGAGACAUUUUUAAAGAUAAGCUGGUCUACGAGACAAGUUUGGAUAGAAAAGAUCUACCCUCGCCGCAGAGCUUAAUGGGUAAAAUUCUUAUCAAGGCCAAAAAACUGCCAGCCACUUUUGACCAAGAUUUAGAUGAAGGUGACGUAACAGAAGAAGAUUCUGCUGAUGAAAUGGAGGAGGCUUUUAAGUUCAAAGAUAAUGAGAAUGUAUUAGAGCAGAAAGCAAAGGAGCGCAAAUGGCGACGCACGCUGGCGUCCUUACAGCGUCUCCGUUCGAACAAAGACGACGAAGAAAAUGACGCUCGUGGGGAUCUUAGCUCAGCAAUUGUGACGUCCGUGGCUUUGGAAGAACCCACUUCAGUAGGAGCAUCAAAAAGCGUACCAAGGCUUGGAAGAUCGCUGUCUGCAAAAUAUGUCUUUGAUCAGGGUCCUCGCAAUCAGCCUGCUGAAAUAAGAAAAACACAAAGCUUUAGUGAGAAAGAUAAGAAAACGAGAAGGCGAUCCAAAAAAAGGCUUAUCUCUACCGACGAGGAUUCUAUAAGAAAAAUUAAGUUGAGCAAGCAUCUUUCUGAUCUUGUUGCUUACACUAAGUCAUCAGCAUUCAAAGGACUGGAUCUUGAUGAGAAUGAUACCCACUGUGAAGUAUGUUCAGUACCUGAGUCGAAAGCUUACAGAUAUGUUGACACAAAAGGCGAACAAUUUGUGCGUUACACAAGAUAUAAACUUUGCCGAGUUUACCCGGCAGGUUACAGAAUCGACUCUAGCAACCCAAAUCCACAAGCCUUCUGGAACUGUGGCUGCCAACUAGUGGCUCUAAACUAUCAAACAGAAGGACGAAUGAUGCAGAUAUACAAAGGAAAAUUCAAGUCAAAUGGAAACUGUGGAUAUGUCCUUAAGCCUGAUAUUAUGUGUGAAGCUGAACCUAAGUUUGAUCCCAUGACAAGGACGGAUAUUAAAGGAGUCAGGAGAAAGAUUUGUAAAAUAAAGGUGAUAAGUGGCCAACAACUGCCAAAGCCAAAAGACAGCAUCUUAGGAGACCGUGGAGAGAUCAUUGACCCUUACGUAGAGAUUGAGGUGAUAGGUAUCCCAGCUGACAACUGCAAGCGGCGCACAAAAACGGUCAUCGAUAAUGGGUUCAAUCCAGUUUGGGAGGAGACCAUUACCUUUGUUCUCACCUUUCCGGAACUGUCCAAUUUCCGUUUUGUCGUUUGGGACGAGGAUCCAAUUGGUAGAGAUUUCAUUGGUCAAGUUAGUUAUCCAUUUUCGAGCCUGAUGCCAGGCUACAGACAUGUGCAUCUUGAAGGAAAUCAGCAAGCCUCCAUAUUUGUUCACGUUACAAUUGCUGAUUACAACGGAGAAAAGAUUAUAGAUGGCUUGGAUAUAUUCAAUCCAGAGAGAAGAUAUUCAGGUGGAGUGAAGUUUAAAAGGAGACAGCGAAGAGAAUCAACUUUGUUUUAGAAACAAAAACAGAACAAACAAUUACACUAAAGGGGUACUGGCAACCAGUUCGGUAUGGUUCCGAUCGCUGGAUGCCCACCUGGGCGGAGAUUUGUGAACUGAAUGUUGAAGAUAACUUUAAAUGCUUGUAACCCAAUUUAUUUACGGGCUAUGAAUCACAAGGAACUAUCAAUAUCCAAGAUUUUGAUAUGUGCAACUCUGAGUUUGUAUCUUCUAAGACUAAUGCCUGUGUUGUGAACAAGAAUAGGGUUGGGAUAUGGACUGUGAAAAGUCGGGGAAGUCAGAGUUCCCUUUUGCCGUUUGCAGUUGCUGUAUGUGUCGCACUGAAGAUCUGAUGAUGUCAUCCCUGACUCACUCUCUGGGAGAGGGUACAUGUUUAAUGCAACAAACCAGCACUAGUUCCAACACUGGUGAUCUGUCAAAGCAUUUGCAUUUAUGAUCUGACCCGAAUUUAGAUAUAAGUUUCGUUCGUUGUUGUUGUUAGCUGCAUCAGCGGCCUCUUGUUUCUAAAACAAUGGGUUUUGGACGGAUCUGGACGAAGAAAAAGCAUAGGUGAUCUAUCAUUAAUAUAUGCUUCCAGGCGCUAUGAAGUUACUCAGUAAUGCCUGUUUUAGCAUGUUUUUCUCAGGUACAAAAUUCGCAUAAUAGAGCAAAUGUGGACCUGAACUUGUGACCCGAGACAAUUUAAUUAA